CUUCCAUCAAAUUUCAGAUCACCAUCGCAUCACGCAAGCUGAAGAAGGUAGAAAGUGGACGACACAUGAAACGCGAUUCGCCGCGGACGGUCGAAGAUUUGCAAGAUAUAAUAAGUUGGACGGAACGGAAAGACGAGAACAUCACCGUCAGCCAUCGAGCUGUCGUAAGGGAAGAAAACAAAUUGUACGGUUACUGGUUGCUCCUUGAAUCACCAUCGCUAUCGGAGUGACCAUCUGUGAGUUCGGUCGGAAUUAGCAGCCAGGAGGCAAGAUGUGCUACCGUGCCGUGAUGUGAAUGGAGGUGAUCGAACGAAGAAAAAAGCAGAUUGCAGUGUGUGAAAAGUCUUGACAAUUGCAACCGGGGUGUCCGAGAUUGUUUGCUAAUAUUAAGUGCUGAUCGAUUCGUUGAACUCGAGAAAGAAUCUGUUCCUUUACCUAUCGGAAGUAUUUUCUUCUUUUGGUAUCCAUUAGUGCUGGGGGACAUCAAACUGUGUGGAAGUGAAAGAAUUUUGGGCUUUUCCGUAAGCCUUCCCCCCUCCGGUGAAGGGUACCUUGCUCUGCUGCCAACUGGUCAGCCGUCAUCGUCCAGAAGUGGAAAAGAAGAAAAGUGCCAGGGAAACCAUCGCCGUCGUCAGUGAGAGUGUUUUCACGGGGCUAAAAAAUAAGUAAUUUUCUAUUCGUCACCUUGCUUGCUGUUGUCAGAGGGGAAUUCACGAGUGGGUGCUGUGAAGAAGAGCAAAUAACACAGCGGAAAAAGAAAAACUCAACCAUUAAGAAGAGGCGUUCUAAAUUUAACACGCGAAAAUCGGAAGGCGAAAACAAGGAAAAGUAGUUUUUCCUCGCUGUUGAUUUCUGAAAGUUUCCAUCGAAUUUCAACUCACUUGAGAAAAAAAACCGCAGCAUAUCCUGCGAAAUUGGAAAUAAUUUCAGCACUUUCCUGUUCGUUUGCGUGCGCGAGUGUGUGCGUGUUUACGUGAGUGUGUUCCAUUUCCUCCGGAAGGAAAGGGGCAGGAGUAGCCCACGUCGUCCAUUCGCAGCAGCUGUAGUUCAUUGCUGCUGCUGCUCUCAUUCACUCCAAGAGUUGUGUUUGGUUGGAACUGAAUAGCUAAAGACACAAGAAAAAACGGAAUCACGGCGAGAAAGCAGCUGCUGUCUCAACGCCGCGGAUAAUGAAGAGGAGAAAUGCCGAUUGUGGCAAGAUUCGACGACCCAUCAAGAGGAAUAAAAUAGCAGAACAGUUUGGAAGCAACACGCUGCUAUACAUCAAAUUCCUGCUGCUAUGGGCGUUCGUAAUCACCGCUGACUUCCUUCUCGAGUUCCGUUUCGAGUUCCUGUGGCCAUUUUGGUUGCUCCUGCGCUCAGUUUAUGAUUCGUUCAAGUACAAAGGACUGGCUUUUUCGGUACUCUUCGUAUGCAUUGCCAUAACUUCCGAUCUGGUGUGCUUGUUUUUCAUCCCGGUGCAAUGGCUGUUUUUCGCGGCUAGCACCUACGUUUGGGUGCAGUAUGUUUGGCAUACAGAUAAAGGGAUCUGCUUGCCAACCAUCAUUCUGUGGAUACUAUUUGUAUAUCUCGAAGCUGCCAUCCGAUGGAAGGAUAGCCGAAACAUACCACAUCUAGACUUGUGCAGGCCUUUUGCGGCUCACUGCAUUGGUUAUCCAGUGGUAACGCUAGGUUUCGGCUUCAAGAGUUACGUCGGCUAUCGAAUACGGCAGCGAAAGCAACGGGAGGUGGCUAAGGACAAUGACUUCUACAUGCAGCUGCUGCAGGAAGCUCUGCCCAAGGACGAAACCGUAAGCAACGGUACUGUCACUGGCAGUGACGUGAGUUCCGAUCCGCUUCAGCAGUCGACGGAUCAUCAGCUGUCUCCGGUUUCCCAGCCGAAAGAGCUUGCCGUGACGGCAAUCCUUCACAAUAGUAAUAAUAAUAAUAUUAAUAGUAACAAUAGCAACAGCAGUGGUGGCGGUCACAACAAUCACCACCAUCAUCAUAGUAGUAAGAACGCUCAAAGUCACAGCAAGUCACAAAACAGUACGACUUCCACGAGCCAAGUAAACGGACACGCAGGGACAGGAUCUAAUCUGUCAACGGCGAACGGUUCUAAUGGACCCAGUGGUGGCAGUACGAGCACGAUGAACGGUGGUGUAAAUCAUUCGAAGCAACAUCUGCAGCGGAAGAGUUUAGACAAGGAAAGUUCCGGUUCCUUCAGUGGAAAGGCCAAUAGUUAUUCAUAUCAUCAACAGCAGCAACAGAAUAACGUCAGCAAUAGCGCCAAGGAAAGCUCUCGAUCGCCCGAUAGUCCACAAACGAACGGUGCGGCUAUGUCUCCAAAGGAGAAAAAAGACUGCGACUCGUCGGUAUCGGGACAAAAGUCCCAACCUGAAAAUCUCUCUUCAACAGCUUCUCAAACAACUAAUGGCAACAGUAGUAGCAAAUCCACACAAGCCAGCGAAAGCACAAACCACGAAAGUGGUAACAAUCGGAGCAAACAACAGCAGAAUGGACACGUGGUGAACUAUGAUGCGGAUCUGCAGCAACCCCAGCAGCAACAGCAACAACAACCGCCGCAACAAAACCACAUAGAUAACGAUCCUCCCGCGGAACCGAAAUCUAAUCGCUCUGGGAGGAAAAACCGUGUUAAGCAAAAGGAGAACUCCAACCAUCAAUUGGCAGCAGUUCGUCUUGCAGCGACACUAGCUCUGGCAUCUUCAAUUACCACCCUCACGACAACGGCUGCGGCAUCCACAACGACUAGCACGAGUACAACGUCGUCUACGUCGACUGCAACGAUGACUUCCAAAGACAAUCACGUGCAGCCCCACGAACAGCAGGCUGCAACCAGCACUAACACUGUCUUGAACAAUACUCAAAAUGGCACUGGAAGUUCGGUCGCCGGUUCUACGUCGGUCGCUUCCAGUAGCAACAGCCAGUCGACAACCGCAGCAUCAAACCUAACUGCGGUAUCAACUCCACCAGUGAUGAAAAUUUGUGAUACCUGCAGCCGAUUGGAGGCGGAUAUCAAGAAAUUACGUUCCGAUAUCAGCAACCAAAAGCAGAACGAGAAUGAUAUGCGGCAGAAGUACGAUGCCACCACCAGCAAUCUGAAAUCAUGUUUGCAGGUCAAACAGAAAGACUACGACGAAUUACAAAAUAAAUUCCAGGACCUGUCGGUGCAGCGCCAACAAGAGCGCCAGAACCUGCAGACCGUGGAGCGGCGACUGUGCGAUGAGCGGCGCCAUCGGCAGUCGCUAGAAUCCCAGGUGCAAAAUGAGCGGAAACAUCGCAAGCAAGCGGAGGAAAAAGCAGCCCGUGCGGAGUGCGGGGAACCGUGCAAGCUGAAGCGCCAACAGCUGGAAAUGGAAAUUCAGAAGCUGCGCUGUGAACUGAUCAGCUCCGAAGAUGCCAAGCAUAAUGCCGAGAAGCAGAAUCGUAACUUCGAACAGGAGAUGCGUAAAUUUGAGGUACAACUUCGGAAUCGGGAAUCCCAGCAAAGCGCUGAGGUGCUUAUGUCGGCUCUGGCGGCCAUGCAGGAUAAGAAUGCCACACUGGAGAAAAACCUAUCCGCUGAAACGAGAGUUAAGCUGGACUUAUUCUCAGCUCUCGGAGAUACUAGACGUCAGCUGGAAAUUGCUACAUGUUCACUGCGCACUAAAGAUAAAGAGGUCUUAGACUUGAAAGCAAAGAUUGUGCAGCUGCUAGCCGUUAUGCCGGCGAUGCCAAACGAUGCACUCUGUCUGUCCGGUCACGGACCUUCGUCAUCCGGUGGUGGUGGCGGUGGCGGAGGCGGUGGAUCGCAUAUGCGACUUUCCGAUGCACCACAGUUGCUCUCUCAAUCCGCCCUGAACGGUUUGACCGGUCAGCCCAGUCCAAUGUCACACAUUGUGAUGAACAAUCCGCCGCUGAUCAGUCAAUUAGGAAGUCUGGGCGUGCUGACAUCGACUAUUACGACCGCUUCAGCUGCUAUGGCAGUUGGCUGCGCCCCCGCAAACGUGAUGGCAGGUGGUGGAGGAAUGGUACCUCCAUCAGUACAGCAACAGCAGCAGCAGCAGCAACAACAACAGCAACAGCUGCAGCAACAACAACAUCAGUCAAUGGGCCCUUCCGGUGUCGUAACCGUGACAACGUCCAAUGGCCAGAUAGUACAAAUGCAAAACUCUAACAAUUGUCCCUCCAGUUUGGACCCGAAUGCGUCUGUCUACACUCCCAAGAAUAAUCCUUGCUCGGCAUCGUCAAUGGUUGGUGGCGCCGAGGCCUGACCGUCAGCAAUGGAAUUGCAGCAAUUCCUACCGAUCAGCAGCAGCGGCAGUUGCUCUCCUUUUCCCAGUCUCGAUCUAAUCAGCAGCAAUUCUGGUACCAAUCAGUUUGCCUCCCCUCAUCAUCAGCAGUCUCUUUUGCAAACGCAGCAGCAACAACAACAACAACACGGUCCAGCUUUUCCAUGAACUUCGAAGAGCGAGCACGUGUUUCACUUUGAUCUCAAACAAGUCUCUGAAAUUUAACCAGUUAGAGAAGAGAUCUAUUUUAGAAAAGCAAACAAACGAAAUGUUCCUAGUCUUUUGUGUUUUUCUAUACACACUCAUCAGAAACUUCAAGCUGUGGCUUUGUUGAGGGAAAUAUUUCCUGUGAAUUUUUAUUUUGGUUUAGAUUUUUCUUAUAACUUUGUUCGACAUUCAAUAUGUAUUAAUCUGCACCACACGUUUGCUACCAUUGCAAUUAUACAAAUUAUCCAUAGUUUAAUGAACUCGCGCAUAAAAGCAGAGUAUUCUUACAUAAACACCCUGCUUAUCAUCGACUGCUAUCCAAUGCAAAACAGCAAAACAACCAAGUCGAAAAAUUCAGAUAGACACAAACAUCACAAAGAAUUUAUCUCUGCUCUAUCCAAUCUCUCUUUUUCUCUCUAUCUACAUCCUGAGGAAGUCAGCGUCCAGCAGGGAGGAUACGUUAAAGUGAAUUACAAUUAAAUAAAAAUAAACUACAAGAAGAAGAAAAAAACAAAUGUUGUGAUAUUCAUAUUACUUAAAAUUAAUGAUUUAACUUUUUUUAAUUUUUAAAAUUAUAGCCUAUUAUUUAUAGUGAAGAACGAGAUAAAGCUAAAGCAAAGCAAAGUAAAACCAGCUCCUAUUUUUAUCACUCGCGUUAACCGACAAUUAUUAUUACGAUUAUUAUGAUUAUUAUGAAACGUAAUGGAUCUGCUGAUUAAAGUCAUCAAACACUACUGGAGCAGCAAGAGCUUAUUACUUAUUCGACUGCGGAAGUGUUCCGAAUCCAGUAAUCGAGACUAAGUUAAUAAAAAUCGACAUUGUUUGAGCUGCGCUUGCGCUGGCCUCUACUACGAUAAAUGAUAACCCUACGACAGAACCGUGUCGUUUGAUGCAUACAAUUUGUGCAGUGUUUAAUCUCUCAUCUAGAAUAACCAACCGAAGUGACAUGAAAAAAAAGUAAGCAAACGGAAUACGCCGAGAUUACGACCGACAACAGCAUAUUCGUGUGAGUUUUGAAUUAAAUGACUUCUGUCCGAGUGGACGAUUGUAAACUAAAAGUACGAGAUUAAUUUUGGUCAACAACAAGCAACAUACAAUCGAUUGUAAGUUUGAACAGCAACUUUACUGUAGAUAAUGACCGAAGCUGAAAUAAACAGAUACACAAGAAAUCGAACAAUGAUGAUUCAAAUUAUUUGAAAUAAUGAAAUAAUAAACUGUGGCGCAUCUACUGGAAGAAGGCGAAAAAUCAAGUAUGAAAAUAGGAAUAAACUGGAAAUGCAAUCUAGAA